GAUUAUUUCUGAAACGAACUUUCGAUUUGGAGACUUUUGACCAUUAUAAUAGUUUCUGGUAAUAUUUUAACAAUCUUUUUCGAGUAGUUUCGGAAACUUCUCGGUUUGUUUUAUAGCAGUGAGUUGAAAUAAAAUUUUAGUUGUGCUUUAUCUGUGCCAUAGAGUGGCUGUGGGACGACCUUUCUGUUGGACUUUGGAGAGAGGUUAAUUUAUUGGUCGAACUAAAGCACGUGGAAACGUUUCGCUCACGUCAGAUCUCUUUAAUCAGCCCCCAAAAUUGAUCACGAUGAUGGUAAAAAAGUACUCUCAAGGUAAGAAUUCAAAAUUCGGGCGUUACAGUAAAAAGAAGGACAGAAAGUAUUUCUUCAAGAAGAAAAACCCAAAAAAACGCAUUAACCCAUUGGUGUUACAAAAAGCAAUAGAAUGUCCUUGGACCAAUUCAAUCAGCCGAUUUCUUCAGGCAGGUAUCGACGCGAACUCAGCUCCAAAAUUACUGGCGCCUCUGCUUUACACAGCGGUCCGCAGCUCCAAGUACACAAUGGUCCAACAAUUGAUAGCCGCCGGUGCAGAUCCCAAUUUCGUCCCAAAAUUAGGUGACUGUGGUCACCCUCCUAAAUUUUUGGUUCCCAGUCCCAAGAUCCAGUGUCCUUGUCCGCCAUUGAUUAUCGCAGUUGAUAAAGGCAACGAGAAGAUGGCCAAGUUGCUGAUUCAGAACAAAGCCGACCCUAACAUCAUAUCUUGCUACGGUUCAGCUCUGAAUAUUGCCGUGGAGAAAGGUAUUUUCAAAAUAGUUAAAUUAUUAUUAAGAGCUGGGGCUGAUAUUAACGGCGGCUUGAACGAGUGCAAGCCGUUGCACACAGCUAUCAGCAAGAAUAAUUAUAUAAUGGUUAAAUAUUUAAUUAAAUGGAAUGCAGAUGUUAAUAUUGUUGGUAAACAUAUUUAUGAAAAAGAAUUGAAGCUUUACACGCCCUUGCAAAUGGCAAUUUUAAAGGAAAAUUUAAAAAUUGUAAGAUUGUUAACAAACAACAAAGCUAAAAUCGACAGAACAAUUUUACAUUACUCCCUUAAUACAAAUAAUCUCGAUAUAAUUUCCUUUUGCGCUAUCAAUAGCGUUGAUGUUAAUGCAGUUAAUUCUUAUGGAGAGUCAGCUCUUCAUAUUGCUUGUCAAAAAAAGAGCAUUGAGGUGAUAAAUAUUUUACUUGACGCGGGAGCUAAUAUUAAUAUUAAAGACAAAAGGAAGAAAACUGCGCUAGAUUUUUGCUUUGAUUAUUCCGGACAUAUUUUAGUCGCGUUAAAGCAGCAUAUUGUUAGAAUUAAAACUGCUGGCAUGUUCAUUUCUCAGGAUGUUAUGCAGCAAUUCAAUCAAGCACAUCCAAAUAAUUUUUCUUCUCCAAUUUAUAAUGACGUUAAUUUUGACUAUGAUGGUCUUCAGAGAAGGUGUUUAAGUGAGCUUGAAGUCAUGAAGAAUAUAAUUGUGAAGAAUACGAGUAUCAGCUUCUUUCAAAUUCUACAACUUAAUCAACAUCAACUGGCUUUACUUCUUUUGGAUACUGUUUAUGAAGACGCGAUUAGUGAAGAUAAUUUACGGCUUAAGUUUCCCAUUUAUGGGGGGAUGAUUUUUUAUAGAUUGAGCAGGGCAUUUAAUGAAAAAAAAUCUCUUGUUAUUGUUAAUGAUAAACUUGGUCAAAUGUUCAAUCAAGAACUCCCGGAGUUGAUCAAAAGAAAUAUUUAUGGGUACUUUAAUUAUGGAGAGUUAACUAUGUUAUCUAAAAUGUAAAUUUGAGGAUGUUAAGGGGUUAGCUGGGUUUCAGAGGUUCAAAAAAACGGUAUUUUUACUAUUUUUUUUUUUUAGUAUAUACAAUAGGGUGCGUCAAAAUUGAAUCUUCGAAAGCAACCUUUUAAAAUUGGAAUUUUGAGUUUCGCUUUUAACAGGAGCUGUAUUUGGGCAU